AUGGAAAACGAGCAAAGAGAACCGGAAGAACCAGCUCAUCAUGCGAGGCGACCAAUGAAUGCUUUUCUCAUAUUUUGUAAACGACAUCGUGGAUCAGUGAGACUGCAUUUUCCUCAUCUUGAAAAUCGAGCUGUUACUCGGGUUCUUGGUGAAUGGUGGGCUACUUUACAUCCAGAUCAAAAACAAUCGUAUAUUAAUUUAGCUCAGGAGUAUAAAGAUGCAUUUCUAAAUGCUAAUCCAGAUUUUAAAUGGUAUAAACUACCCGCUCCACCAUUGAGAACUUUAACAACAAGACCAACAAACAAAAAGCCGGAUGUUGGAUCGAGUUAUGAAGAAAAUUCAACAUCUACUAGUAACUCAAAUUACGAGUCUUCCACUUACACAAAUAAUGAUAAUAACAAUGCAAUUCAACCAGGUAAAUUAGCCGAUGAAUCUCAGAUUGGUGGACUGAGUUCAUUAUUUACGCCUCAAAAAAAUCAACCUCACCACAAGAAAGGGGCUGAUGUUGAUCGUAUUCCUGACGAUGAUGAAGAUGAUGACUUUGUUGAUGACGACGAUGAUGACGAAUUACCAAAUAUAGAAAAUAAAAAUAUAACAAAUGGUACUGAGGAAAUAGUUGUACCUAAACCACCAAAAAAACGUUAUACGGAAUUACCAAUAAACUUGGAGCAAAAAAAAGACUGUAAAGCUGACUUGUUUGGUGGAUCAAGGACAGAGAAUGCCGAGUCUAAUAACAACAGCAGCAGCAAUAAUAACAACAAUAAGCAUCCUCUUGAUUUAGAUGAAGAGGGAAAAAAACGCGACACAAAUUCUUACAUAGAAGUAAAUAGUCCAGAAGAUGGUAAUUUUCGAAGUGAGCGUAGUUGCAAGGGAUUACGUUAUCAAAAAUUUCUUGCUGAACAGGUGAGAAAUAUUGGAUCAACGACACAACAAAAUAAACGACGACGAACUGGCCUUAACAAAGUUACUGGCGUUGAAAAGCAUACAAAGGAAAGAAGAAAUUCGAUAUCGUCCAAUGUAAGCGAAAAGACUGAUUCAUUGAGCAGUGAAGGAGGGAAUAGUUCACGUAGUGACUUGGAGCAUCUUGUUGACAGUGCUGAAGGUAAAGUCGAAGCUUCGAAGCCUGAAAAUACUGGAACAGACGAAGCAGAGUACGAGCUAUGGACACGUAAACGAUUCAAAGCCGAAGAUUUUAAUCUGGAAAAAAAAAUAGAAGCAUUACCAUCAUUAAGUUUAGAAGAAUUCCAAGAAAAGAAAAAACAACAACGUACUAAAAAGAAAAAAUUACCCCAAAAAUUAAAUACAACUUCGAUAACUAAACGUACUUCGGUUAAUCAAAAUAAAAUCGGACAACUCGAUUCUCAAGCUAAUAAUCGGAAAGAAACUAAUGAAAUUAUUAAUUUACAUGAUGAGACCACUAACGCUCAUUUAGUUGGUAGCCAAAAGCGAAAAGCUCGUAAACAAAGUAUAACGCGUAAUACUUCAGCGACUUCUUCGAAAAAUUCUACCGAGGAAAAAAAUCAACCAUGGUGUGCAUCGCCCGAUCUCGAAGCACUGGCGUGUCUUGCAGAAUUAGCUGCAAAUAGAACGAAACUUACCAAGUAA